AUGGACAGACUCUUCUGCUGCCCACCAUCCGCCAACCGCAUCUUCGGAGCCCUCAACUUCCCGUCCGCUGACAACACCUCCAUCGCUAACGACUGGAUCGGCCUCCCACUCCAUUUCGAUGUAGCCACAGAGCGCAUCGAGCUAGACGGAUUCCAAAUAUACGCGGUUGAGAAGUGGCGCGUGCACAGAUCACUUCCGACUCUUCCGUGGGCUCACUUAUUCCAUAGGAUUGUUGACCGGAACCGUGCUGUGACCUGCCUGACUGUCUAUACCGGAGACCCGGCGCACCGUAUCAUAGUCACAGCUCUUCGACCGGCUGCUUCACUUUCCCCAGCAGAAGCUCAUGCGGAAUGGGACAAGGCUAUCCAGCAUUUGAGGCUUUCCGGCCUUUACGUGCUCACUGUAUACCAGACCCCUCACGGAGUGGUCCUGGCGACAUCUCUUGCUCACUUUCGCUCGGACUACACCAUCGUCCCUAUCCCUAACGGUGACUUUCUCCUGUACCGGGACAAGUUGUACACCAACAUCAAUCUUUUACGUAUGGGCUGCAGUGGGCGAAGUGCGCUUACUCUGGAGGAGCCCAGCGACACCACCAAGGACCGAUUCAUUGCCACAUAUCAUCUCCCUGAGUCGAUCAUAAAUGGCACCUCAGCCUCGGCCAUUUCGACAUCUGCUAGUCCAGCAGGCACGCCAAAUCCGUCACCUUCGAAACACAGAACGCGGUUGUCAAUUUCCCCACCCAGCCCUCGUGCUGAAGACACACCACCAGCCUUGCUGAGCCACCGCCGCCACCACACCGCUAUGGCUAUCACACUUCCAUCUCCGUUCCUCGAUGUAGCACCGGGGGCCGUUUCUCCGUCUCUGAUCAGCAGUCCUGGUGGCCGACCGAUGGUAAAGUCGAAAUCUCGGGGCGUUGAUCGAGGCCUUUUUGGAGGCAGUGUUCUAGAGCUCGUUCGCCUCGUUCAAAUCGGACUGGCUAUCUUCGGAUUGUUCUCCAUCGAACUGGAAGCAUUCGAUGGCUUACUAUGCGAUAAGACGGUCGAAGGCCUAAAUACAUGGACGACAGAGAUCGGGGUGAAAUGCGUCAAUGUGGAGGUAGGCUGGUUCCUGUUGUAUAUUCGACUUGCCAUUGACUUUUGGCAGCUCACAGAGCAGAUUGCAGACCCUGCUGUCAUCUGCGCUCUUCUCAGUCUUGUUUUGGCUACACGAAACAAGCUUGCGGUCUUGGCUGGCAGCAGCAAUGCAUAUCUCGUCCCGAAGGAUCCCUUCCUCCGGCCACAUGCCUUUCUUGUUGCUCUGUCAUUGCAUCCCCAAGUUCCCAGUCAUCACCAUUUCAACCUGAACAGUACACCUUCUACGCCUUCAUUUCCAUUUCUGACUCAUUCGCACUCCUUGCCGACAACGCCUGCGGCGUCGACCUUGGCCUUGUCGACGAAUGCCAGGGCGGUCAUCCCACUGUCCCGAGCCAGUUUGGAGCAUGUCAACAUGUCUUACUCUGACAAAGUGCGCGUCGGCGAAAGAAGACGAAGCAAAGGAGCUCGUGCCCUGCUGAGGCUUGAUGGAGAAAGCAGCGACAGCGCAAGUGGUUCCGAAGGCGACAAGGACCACGCCGGGGAAGGAAGUGGACAGCUUCUCACAGGUAUCGGCAGUCUCGUUGGCCUCAAUGUCGGAGGCGGGGCUGCUGCUGCCUCAGGUGUACUGGAACCGAGUGUCGAUUUGGAAGCAUUCGUUCGCACUGUAGUCGGGAAAGGCCGGGGCUCAAAAGACAGGGCUAAUCUAAAGGGAAUCCCGAUCCUCGGCGGCAAAGGCCGUGAGCGUGCUUUGACAGGGGCCACGGAACUUGCCGACGGCACUUCAGGCGUCGAUCGAGAGCGCAAAGAGAAGGGAGCGGGCAUCCUGAAUGGUGUGGCCGGAACUGUCCGUGGUUUGUGGAGUGGUUUUGUGUGGGAAGUGGCGGCCUUGCGUGACAAGGAGCUUCAGGUUGCCAUUCGGAGACGAGAAUUAGGCGAUCGAGCCAACGCGGGUGCUUUGAGCGAUGGCGACGACGAGGAACUUCGCAUCAAAGCUGACAGGGACGGAGGCCGCUCAACGGAAGAUGAGACCGGUGGCGCCCUCAAUGAUAAAUGGGGUAAUCGAGUGCAGAAGAAAUUCGAGUCGUGGACGAGGCUCAGCCGCCUGGAACGCAAAAAGCCAUCUCAUCCCCACCAUCCGAAUCAAAGUGUCGAGCUGUCUUCAGGGCGGAACUCACUCGAAGAACACAGUAGCCCCAGCUUCGUCAGAAAGCGACCGCGAAUCCCGCUACAAGAGUUUAGCCCAUCCCCUGAUGUGGGGGAAGACGAUAUUCUCAGCAGCGGACAGGCAUCGCCGGUUUUAGGAGCCGAGGACCCGAGGACACCCACCCAGAUUGAAAAUUAUCCAUCUGCGGCGAGCUCGGCUGCGAACCUGGUGACCUCAGAGGAAUUCGGGCGCAAACUAAGUGCAUUCAAUACUAAAAGGCCUCCCGGUAUCAGGGCUGCUCAAGCCAGAAUUGCGAGCUGGUCUGAUCCCAUCAGCGCUCAAGCGCUCGAUGAAAGCGACAGCGACGGGAGUGCUGCAAGUCGGCCGAAGAAGCGCAAAUAUACAGCAAGCGGCCUUGCGAGAGCCUUCGUCCUCGACAACGACGACGACGAGCACGUUCUUCACGAUGAGCCAGAGGAUACCGAGGCUGCUGGCUAUCUCAGCGACGCACCAGCCAGACCUUCUCGCCGCAGCAUCCCAGCUUUGUCAAGGCCAGUUCCUGUCGCAGCAUCUGGGUCGCCAUUCUCAUGGGUUUUCCAGCUACUGACCACUUCUUUGAUCGAGACCAAUGCUCGCUUGGAGCGCGAUCUCGUCCACCACGGACCUGCAUUGAACCAGCUUGCUCGGGAGACCCAGGUCAUCUCAGAAAUCGAUGCCCAGGUAGUCGUUUCGAAGGAUAUCAGCCAAGCCCAGAACUCUCUCACGUAUGAAACACAACAAUUUAUCGUCCCGGAACUUUGGCACGCCGCGAGCCAGCCUCGGCAUACGACAUUUGCCCUGCGGGACAAGGUAUUUGGAACUGGCAGUCGCCGAUUGCCACCCGGCAAACGUGGAGCCCAUGGACGGUUCAAUCGUCUACAGUGGACACUGGACGGCCAGGGACGACUGGUCGACCAUCUCGGGCGAACAGAGAGUGAAGCCGAAGAAGAGAGUCUGGAGGAAAUGGGUCCACUACGCCCGCCGUCGCCCCAAGAAGAGGAGCCAGAACCCGUCAAGCAUCGUGCGAUCAGACCCAUGUGGCUUUUGCGAUUCUUCACUGCUCGAGGAGGCCCCGUCGCAUCGGAAAGUCCUCCCGAGGGCAAAAGCACAGCAGUAGAGCUUGAUAAUCCCUCGCUGACUGUUCCCACAUCUCGCACAUCGCAUUGA